AUGGUUACCUGUGGUGGGCUUCUCAGCCUACUGGCCCCUUCGCCGCCUGCCUCGGCAAUGCCUAGGGUCCCAGCAACAGGCUCCCGAGCUGCUCAGUGGGAGGUCUGCCAUGGCUGUAUGUUGUGCCUGGGUCAGUCGACCUUCCUCCGCUUUAACCACCCGGCUGAAGCCAAGUGGAUGAAGAGUAUGAUUCCGGCAGGGGGCCGGGCCCCCGGGCCCCCCUACAGUCCUGGCUCAGAAUCGGAAAGCCUGGUGAAUGGGAACCACGCGCCACAGCCCGCGACCCGGGGCCCCGCUGCCUGCGCCAGCCACAGUUCCCUGGUGAGCUCUAUUGAGAAGGACCUGCAGGAGAUCAUGGAUUCGCUGGUGCUAGAGGAGCCCGGAGCGGCCGGCAAGAAGCCUGCCGCGACUUCCCCACUGUCGCCAAUGGCUAAUGGUGGGCGCUACUUGCUGUCCCCGCCAACCAGCCCUGGUGCCAUGUCUGUGGGCUCCAGCUACGAGAACACCUCUCCAGCCUUCUCUCCGCUCUCCUCACCAGCCAGCAGUGGGAGCUGUGCCAGCCACUCACCCAGCGGGCAGGAGCCAGCACCUUCCGUGCCGCCGCUGGUGCCUGCCCGUUCCUCUAGCUACCACCUGGCCCUGCAGCCCCCACAGCCCCGACCGGGCGGCGCCCGCUCCUCCGAGAGCCCCCGGCUGGGCCGGAAAGGGGGUCACGAGAGGCCUCCCAGCCCCGGCCUCCGAGGUCUGCUGACGGACAGCCCCGCGGCCACUGUCUUGGCGGAGGCCCGCAGAGCUGCCGAGAGCCCCCGGCUGGGUGGGCAGCUGCCCGUGGUGGCCAUCAACCUGAGUGAAUACCCAGCUUCCGGUGCCCGAAGCCAGCCCACGAGCAUUCCUGGAAGCCCCAAGUUGCAGCCUCCGGUCCCUGCUCCCCGAAACAAGAUCGGCACCCUCCAGGACCGCCCUCCCAGCCCUUUCCGUGAGCUGCCAGGCACCGAGCGGGUGCUGACAACCAGCCCCUCACGCCAGCUGGUAGGCCGAACAUUUUCAGAUGGGUCAGCCACCCGCACCCUGCAGCCUCCUGAGAGUCCCCGCCUGGGCCGGCGGGGCCUGGACAGCAUGCGGGAACUCCCUCCGUUGAGCCCGUCUCUGUCGCGACGGGCUCUCUCCCCCAUGCCCACCAGGACUACGCCAGAUCCCAAGCUAACCAGGGAAGUGGCGGAGAGUCCCCGGGCCCGGCGCUGGGCAGCCCACGGGGCGUCACCGGAGGACUUCUCCCUGACGCUGGGGGCACGGGGCCGUAGGACACGGAGCCCCUCACCCACGCUCGGGGAGUCACUGGCACCCCGCAAGGGCAGCUUCAGUGGCAGGCUGAGCCCAGCCUAUAGUCUGGGCUCUCUGACCGGGGCUUCGCCCCGCCAGAGCCCCCGUGCCCAGAGGAAGCUGUCCAGUGGGGACUUGCGGGUCCCUGUCACUCGGGAGCGGAAAAAUAGCAUCACGGAGAUCAGUGACAACGAGGACGACCUCCUGGAGUACCACAGGCGGCAGCACCAAGAACGGCUCUGGGAGCAGGAGAUGGAGAGGCUGGAACGCCAGCGCCUGGAGACCAUCCUGAACCUGUGUGCUGAGUACAGCCGGGCCGACGGGGCACCCGAGGCUGGGGAGCUGCCCAGCAUCGGGGAAGCCGCCGCAGCAUUGGCGCUGGCGGGCCGGAGGCCCUCACGAGGCCUUUCAGCGGCCACCGGAGCCUCUGGGCGGGGCACCGAGGAGCCCGGGGGUGCCACCCAGCGCCUGUGGGAGUGCGUGGACCGCUCAGAUGAGGAGAAUCUCAAGGAGGAGUGCAGCAGCACUGAGAGCACCCAGCAGGAGGCUGAAAUGGAACGAGCAUUGCUGCAGGGGGAGAGGGAGGCAGAGCGGGCGUUGCUGCAGAAGGAGCAGAAGGCCGUGGACCAGCUGCAGGAAAAGUUGGUGACCUUGGAAACCGGCAUCCAGAAGGAGAGGGACAAGGAGGCCGAGGCCCUGGAGACGGAGACAAAGCUGUUUGAGGACUUGGAGUUCCAGCAGCUGGAGCGGGAGAGCCGCGUGGAGGAGGAGCGUGAGCUGGCGGGCCAGGGGCUGCUCCGGAGCAAGGCCGAGCUGCUCCGGAGCAUCACCAAGAGGAAGGAGAAGGAGAAACUCGCGAUGCUGGAAAGAAGGUACCACUCACUCACGGGAGGCAGGCCUUUCCCGAAGACCACGUCGACCCUCAAAGAGGUUUACCGCUCCAAGAUGGAUGGUGAGGCCACCAGCCCCUGCCUCGGGACCUCAAGAGGCUUCCCUCUUUCCUCUGGCUCUUCCUCCUCCUCCUCCCAGCUCAGCGUGGCUACCCUGGGCCGUAGCCCCUCCCCAAAGAAUGGCACGAGCAGCCUUCCUCGCACCUGGCCACGCCAGCAGGACACUGAGACUGCUUACCAGCUGGCCCUGAGCAGAAGGCUGGCAGGGCAGCAUGAGUCCUGCCCCGCUUCUGGGCCGGGCGAGGGGGCGGCGGUGCUCAGGGAGGCAGGAGGAGGAGCUGCCAGAGGCAGCAGGAUCGAGGAGUAGCGGCGACGCCUGGCCGAGCUGAAGCAGAAGGUUGCCGAGGCGCAGUGUCAGGGAUGCCCCCAAAUGGGGCGGCCCUUCCCGGGCCUCGGGCUUCCCCCCCCCGCUCAUGCACCACUCAUCCUGCACCACCUGCCGGCCGGGCUGAGAGCGCGGGGAGGAUGGCGAAAAUGCCUUACGACACUUCUGGAGCCUGAGAGCUCCGACAGCAUGGAGACCAGCAUCUCCACGGGCGGCACCUCGGCCUGCUCCCCGGACACCGUGUCCAGUGCGGAGUGCCUGGACGUGGGGAAGAUCGAGGAGAUGGAGAAGAUGCUGAAAGAAGAAAGACGCUGGAGAAGAGCUUCAUGGAGUCGAGGUGAGCGGGAGUUGGAGCUCCGGAGGCAGGCCCUGGAGGAGGAGCGGAGGCGGCGGGAGCAGGUGGAACGGAGGCUGCAGAGCGAGAGCGCCAGGAGGCAGCAGCUGGUGGAGAAGGAGGUCAAGAUGCGGGAGAAACAGUUCUCCCAGGCACGACCCCUGACUCGCUACCUGCCAAUCCGGAAGGAGGACUUUGAUCUGAAGACCCACAUUGAGUCGUCGGGCCACGGUGUCGAUACCUGCUUGCACGUGGUGCUCAGCAGCAAGGUCUGCCGCGGCUACUUGGUCAAGAUGGGGGGCAAGAUUAAGUCGUGGAAGAAGCGCUGGUUUGUCUUCGACCGGCUCAAGCGCACCCUUUCCUAUUAUGUGGACAAGCAUGAGACGAAGCUGAAGGGGGUCAUCUACUUCCAGGCCAUCGAGGAGGUCUACUAUGACCACCUGCGCAGUGCGGCCAAGAAGAGGUUUUUCAGCUUCACUGUGGUGACUGAGAGCCCGAACCCAGCCCUCACCUUCUGUGUGAAGACCCAUGACCGGCUCUACUACAUGGUGGCCCCAUCUGCCGAGGCCAUGCGCAUCUGGAUGGAUGUCAUCGUGACUGGAGCUGAGGGCUACACUCAAUUCAUGAACUGA